GACAUGGCCAGACCCAGCGACAAGGUCUUCUGCUGCCGGUGGGUCCGCAAGAGGGUCCCCGACACCCACCGGGAGGAACUCUUCCACAUCCUGAGGAUGACCGGGCCUCUGCUGCUCUCUCGAAUCUUCAAUUACCUGCUGCCAUUUGUGGUCACGAUGUUCUGCGGACGUCUGGGAAACGACGUGAUGGCCGGCUAUGGAUUAGCUUCCGCGGCGAUCAAUGUCUCCACGGCAGCGACGGGCACCGGUUUGGGACUGGCAUGCGACACUCUGGUGUCUCAGACGUUCGGUGGGAAGAACCUGCUGCGGGUGGGGGUGAUCCUCCAGCGGGGAAUCAUCAUCCUGCUGCUGUUCUGUCUGCCCUGCUGGGGUCUCCUCAUCAACGCCCAGCCCAUCCUGUUAUACCUGGGCCAGGACCCCGAGGUGGCCAGAAUAGCCCAGCUGUACAUCACAGCCUUCCUCCCUGCAGUGCCCGCGAUGUUCUUACACGGUCUGCAGGUGUCCUAUCUCCAAAACCAGGGAAUAAUUCUGCCACAAAUGUACACUGCUGUUCUGGCAAAUAUCGCAAAUGUGGUGACAAACUACGUCUUUCUGUACUGGCUGGAUCUGGGUGUGAGCGGGUCCGCAGCAGCCAACACUCUGUCUUGGAUUUACAUCUGUGCUUUCCUGUUUGCAUACAUUUGGUGGAAGAAGCUCCAUGUGACAACGUGGGGGGGCUGGUCUGCGGAGUCGCUGCAGGAGUGGGGCUCCUACAUGAAGCUGGCCAUCCCCAGCACCAUGAUGACCUGCUUUGAGUGGUGGGUGUACGAGUUUGGGGGAUUCUUCGCAGGAAUGAUGAGUGAAGCUGAGCUCGCCGCCCAACACGCUGUGAUAAUGAUUGCCUUCAUUACUUACAUGUUUCCUCUUGGCAUUCAAGCUGCAGCCUGUGCUCGGGUGGGCAACGCCCUCGGCGCAGGAGACACCGCCAGAGCGCUGCUCACCACCAAGCUGUCGCUCGGUCUGGCCUGUGGCUUUGCAGCUGUCGAGGGUCUCGUGCUCGGCUCCACUAAAACAGUGAUCGGCUACCUCUUCACGUCUGAUGAGGAGAUCGUAGGCCUGGUCUCGCACCUGAUGAAUGCUUACUGCGCCCUGCAGCUGUUCGAUGGUCUUGUGUGUGUGUGUACAGGCAUCUUCCUGGGCACCGGAAAGCAGAAGAUACCAGCGGUAGCUAACUUCGUGGGAUACUACGGCAUCGGCCUCUCUCUUGCUGUCGUCCUGAUGUUUGUUGCAAAAAUGAGAAUUUUGGGUUUUUGGCUGGGCCUGCUCACUGCCACCUUCAUACAGUCCUCCUUCUACUCUGCGCUCAUCAUCUUCAAGCUGGACUGGAAGAGAAUGACUGAGGAGGCGGUGAAACGAGCUCAGAAAAAGACCCAUUUGACUCUGUUCGGCUCAGAUUCCCCGACCGAUGCCUCAACUGACCUGACUGCAAGUAAUGGGAAUUCGGCGGACGGCUACGUGUCUGUGAGCACUGAGGGCGGCGACGGGUCGGCUGAGGCGCAGGAAGGCGCCGCGGCGCCACAGCCGAAGAAGAGGAGCCUCUCCACCAUGCAGCUGCUGGUCAGGCGAGGCCUCACUGUGUGCGCGGCCGUCGCCCUUCUGGCUGUGGGAAUAUGCGUGCACGUGGCCGUGCCUUUACCCACACAUCCAAGCGCUAAUAUUACUGUGAACCAAAGCCAUGCUGAGCAGAUCCUCUCCACUGUGCUGGUCCCUGUAAACGCAGCAGCAUAA